UGUCACAUUGUGGCAUAAAUUGAUUUGCCACGAUCUCCGGCUAGAAAUGGAUUUAUGAAAGUCACGCAAAAGCCAAUCGCAUUAGACGUAACGCUUCGCCCACAAAUUGGGCCAACAAAAAAAAAAAAAAAAAAAAAAGAGUAAAUGAUAGAGAUAUGAGUAAUUAUUGAUCGAGUUAAUGCGCAUUUAUAAGGCCUGCGGGCGGCAGCAAUGGGCAAACAGUUGCUCGACUUCCCUCACAGCUCAAACAUGUCUCGCGUAUGCCUCUCACUAAUCUCAGCUCUUUUGCUGCUAUCGCCCACCUGGGCGGGCAUUGGCUACCUGGCCGACGAGCACGCCGUGGCGCACACCCAGCAGAAUGUGGUCAGGAGCUACGACGGCACCGUCUCCCACUAUGCCAAGUCCGUGUCGACGCCCUACUCUCAGGUGCACAAGCAGGACACACGCAUCAGCAACAAUGUCUACCAGCCAGCCAUAGCCAAGACUAUCAGCUAUGCCGCUCCAGCUCCAGCUCCAGCUCCGACUGUCUAUACAUCGCAUCAGCCCGCCGUCUACAGCCAGGCUCCAGUCUACCAUCAGCAGCAGCAGCAGCAGCAGCAGCAGCAGUACCAGCAGCCCAUUCCGGCUGUCCAGUCCACCUACUCCAGCCACCAGCCCAUUGCGGUGCACUACUCACCCGCUGAGGCGGUCUCCCACAUGAGCUUCGAUGGUUUCGGCACCCACUGGGGAUACUAAGGAGGCAAUUUCAAAUAGUUUUAAGAGUUUUGCAUUCAAUAAAGACAUUUGUUAAUAUGUGAGAGCGAUUUGCUUAUGAAGACUAGAAAA